AUGUCCCUGGUGGGAGCAUUUUCGACUGUCACGGGUUCAAUCUUGUUGCCGUGCUUAUGCUACUUGAAGAUUUCAGGCAUUUACCACAAAUUUGGAAUUGAACUGGUGAUUAUGAUUGGGGUUAUGUUGAUGGGUACUUCAGCUGGUAUCAUGGGUACCUACACAUCCAUAGUGGAAAUAAUAGGACAGUUAGACAGUUUAAAGUCACAGCAUGGUUAUCUUGAAAAACAGCUUGAUUCCCUGAAAGCUGCAACAAAGCCAAGGAAAGAUGAGCUAAAUAGGCUGGAGGCUUCGGAGCUUCAGAGCAAAAUUGAAAAUGCAGGUGGUGAAAGAUUGAAAUUGCUAAAGUCAAAAGUCAACAAAAUUCAAUUUGAUAUUGAUAAAAAGCAAUACAGAGAUCAAUCGCCACGAGGUUCAAAUAGAGACAGGUCAAAAAAUGAUGAAGUUAAAAAGGGGAUAGAAGAGUCAAAGAAGGAGAAAGACCGAGUGGUUGAUGAGAAGGAGAAGUUGCAUUUAUCCCAUAAAGAUAUAGAACAGAAGGCAUUUACUGUUCAAGACAACUAUAACAAAACACAGGAGCUAAUUGAUCAGCAUAAAGAUGUAUUGGAUAAAGCAAAAUCUGACUAUGAAAAGUUGAAGAAAACCGUGGAUGAGUUGAGGGCAUCUGAGGUUGAUGCUGACUACAAAUUACAAGACAUGAAGAAACUCUACAAGGAGUUGGAAAUGAAGGGAAAGGGUUACAAGAGAAAGCUUGACGAAUUGCAAGUUGCUCUUGUGAAGCAUAUGGAACAAAUUCAGAAAGAUCUGGUGGACCCUGAAAAGCUUGAAGCGACACUGGCAGACAAGACUCUUACUGAGGAUUGUGGCCUAAAGAGGGCCCUUGAAAUGGUAGCAUUGAUUGAAGCACAAUUGAAAGAGAUGAAUCCCAAUCUUGACUCCAUUUCAGAAUACCGGAGAAAGGUAUCAGUGUACAAUGAACGAGUGCAAGAUCUUAACACGGUCACUCAAGAGCGUGAUGAUGUCAAGAAGCAAUACGAUGAAUGGAAAAAGAGAAGGAUGGACGAGUUCAUGGCAGGAUUCCACACAAUAUCUUUGAAGUUGAAAGAAAUGUAUCAGAUGAUCACACUAGGAGGUGAUGCGGAACUUGAACUUGUUGACUCUUUGGAUCCUUUCUCUGAAGGUGUUGUUUUCAGCGUCAGACCACCAAAAAAGAGCUGGAAGAAUAUUGCAAACUUAUCAGGUGGUGAAAAGACUCUCAGCUCGUUGGCUCUUGUGUUUGCUCUUCAUCACUACAAACCUACCCCACUUUAUGUUAUGGAUGAGAUUGAUGCUGCUCUGGAUUUCAAGAAUGUUUCAAUUGUGGGACACUAUGUGAAAGACCGAACAAAGGAUGCACAGUUUAUAAUCAUAAGCCUUAGAAACAACAUGUUUGAGCUGGCGGAUCGACUUGUUGGGAUUUAUAAAACCGACAACUGCACUAAGAGCAUUACCAUCAACCCUGGGUCUUUUGUAGUUUGUGAAAAAGCUGCUUAGGGCCCAGUAUGCAUCAUUCAGUCCCAGGUCAGACUUUUUUUGCCUGUAUCGAUGCCAUAUUACCUCACAAAUGUUGGUCACAUAUUUAUUGUAGAAUGCCUUCUGAUAUCUAUUGUAUUGCAAUUGAUUGAGUUGUGUAAUUAAUGUCUACGGGACAAACACAUAUAGGGACAUGUUUCUUAGUUGCAGUUUUUUUAUUAGGUCAGGAAUGUCUGACUAUAUGUACUAAUAUGUUCUGAUGCCCACUUACUGAUCGCUCAAAUAGUGCUUUUGAGA